GGGGUGAGAGAGCGAUGGGAGGAGGCGUUCUGCAGCUCUGCUUCUUGAUGAUAGACAGCUUAGACACAGUUAAAUACUACUUAGACGAGGAGCCUACAAAGGGAACGCCGCAGUAUAAGACCCGAGCUCACUGGCCGUGAAGGAGAGAAUCGGUGUGAUAGUAAACACCAACCAGGUCUGGAAAACUCAGACAAGGAUUUAUCUUGAAGGAUUACAACAGUCUACAAACUACAAAUGCUUUAAGGAAUGCAUGUGUUACAUGAGGAAGAAACACAGAGGUUAAGCUGAGCGAUCUUGGAUGUAAGAAGGAAAGAACUACAUGAGGAUAAAAGUUCUGUUGAUCCCUUCCACUGUUCUUGUAGGAUCAGAAGUGUUACUCUAUUGUAACACUUGGAAGCUCGUCAGGCUGACCUGAUUCUUCUUCAUUUAAUCCGGUCGGGUAAUAUAGUUUUCAUCUCAAAUUUCAGUCUGCGACACAUCUGGGCUCGCACCUGCUCUUCCAUCAUCCUCCACCAAACAGACUCCUUCAAAGGGGUGGUUGGUUCUUGUUUAUUUAUAUUGAAAUACAUCACAACUGCCAUCCGAAGACUUGUAAUUACAUUGUUUUCUGUCAUGGUAUGAUACAAGUAGUCUUUACACAGUAGAAAAGCUGGAAAACCCUCAAUUAGGGAUUCAGGUGAGGAGGAGAGGGGAAAGGAAAAGAGAUAAACAGGGGGAGGGAAAAGUGUAAACUCGUCUACGUCUGUCUACAUUUCAUCCAAACAACACGCGCACGUCGCAGAUGUGUGUACUGUACCUGGGUGGGUUUUUGUGUGUGCUUUGGGGUGUUGAUGUCUUGGUGAUACACAGAGCAGUAGUCUUGUACAUAGAGUUAAUGGCACCACGGUUCUUGUAUCAACUUGCUACUGGUCGGAAGCUCUGUUAAGAUUUGAGGUGGCAGAAAAACCCUCAGUACUCAGGAAGAGUAGAGUCAGUACUAUAGAUACAGCACAGACAAUAGACAACAGUAGAAAAACCGUGGACACAGAGAAUAGAAGACCACUGCUACAGGGCUGCCACCAUGGAGACCUCAGACCCCAGCCAGAACUGUAGGGGAGAACACAGGGAACAUUCCAGAACACUCCACCAUCGCUCCUGUCUGUGGAGCAGAAGAGGAGCACAGAGCCGUGGAGGUAUAAACCUCACCUGCAGACCCAGGGACCAGCUGCCUGCUAGGAUCCCCAGGGCCAGUUGCAGCCCUGGGUCUAUCCCAGGGUUUGGUCUCCCUGCCCUCCGCCUGUCCCUGCUCCUGGCUCCUCUCCUGCUGUGUCUGUGGGCCCAGCAGACCCAGGCCGUGGUCCAGUCCAGCUUCCGCCGCCUUAGCGGGAAGGAGAAGAAGGAGAUGCAGAAGGAGAUCCUCUCCAUCCUGGGGCUCCCUGGACGGCCCCGGCCUCACCCCCCGCUCCGCCCGCCGUCCUCUGCGCCGCUGUUCAUGCUGGACCUGUACCACGCCGUGUCGGCUGAGGGUGAGGAGGGAGGGAACGGACUAGGGGAGGCGGACGGGCUGGGGGGCCACGGCGGUCACCCAGUGCUGCCCACCCUCAGCACGCACACGGCGCCGCUAGGGACGGUGGUCAGUGAGGCAGACACCGUCAUGAGCUUCGUCAAUGUGGUGGAACAGGAGCGUGACCUCCUGCAGCCUCGGCCGUACUGGAAGGAGUUCCGUUUCGACCUGACGCCCCUCCCACAGGGAGAGACGGUGACGGCGGCAGAGUUUCGCAUCUAUAAGACCCUAACAAUGGGCCAGAGGGCUAACCGCACUCUGCACAUCUCUGUGUACGAGAUCACACGCAAGACCAAAAACAGAGAGCCAGAACUGGUGCUGCUGGAUAUGCAGUCUGUGCCUGCGGGCCAGGAAGGUUGGCUGGCCUUCGAUGUCACCUCAGCCAGCAACCGCUGGCUCCUCCACCCACGUAGCAACCUGGGCAUACGGCUGUAUGUGGAGACAGAGGAGGACCGGUCUCUAUCUGCUGGAUGGGUGGGGCUGGUGGGUCGUAGGGGGCCUCGCGCCAAACAACCCUUCAUGGUGACAUUUUUCAGGGCGAGCCAAGCGCCCUGUCGCCCUCCUCGUGCCCUCAGACCCAACCCCCGCAGGAAGAAAACCAAAUACGAUCUGCCAGUACCCCCUAUUCACGAUCACAGUCAAGCCAACAGUGGUCGCCAGGCAUGCAAGAGACAUGAGCUGAAUGUCAGCUUCAGUGACUUGGGAUGGAAGGACUGGGUGCUGGCUCCAACAGGUUACUCUGCCUUCUACUGUGAUGGAGAAUGCAUUUACCCUCUGGGCUCCUGCAUGAAUGCCACCAACCAUGCCAUGAUACAACUAGUGGUUCAUCUCCUGAAGCCAGAGGAGGUCCCUAAGGCGUGCUGCGCCCCCACCAAGCUCAGCCCCAUCUCUGUGCUUUUCUACGACGACAACAACAACGUCAUCCUCAAGAAGCACCGCAACAUGGUUGUCAAAACCUGCGGAUGCCUGUGAUUGUGAUGUCAUUUACCCCACACUGUUAACCAUUGUGUACUUCUAGAAUAUUCUACACGGGUAUAGACCGGUUCUUAUGUGAAUGGCCUUUGACCUAUGGAUAUUGUAAAUCAAUAAACAAUAUGUUGUACCACUGAGUCUACUGUCGGUAGCCCUGGUUCAAAUCUCACUCAAACCAAUUGAUAAUUAAUUUAACUGAUUAGUCAAGUAAUGUAUGUUAUUUCCAAGUAUAUAGAAGGGGGACCCCGUGGUGUAGUGGGUCAAAGGGCCUAACACAACCAUAC